GUAUUUUAAUUUUCUCGUUAAAUUUCCUUUGAUCCAUUGAAUUUAUCCGAAUUUAUAUAUGUAAUGUCUUUAUUCGACACCGCCGUUUUCAAUUCAACGCUUUUUGAGGCUUUGUAUCUUCAGGUAGAAGAUACUUUGACCUUUGCAAAAAACUUUUUUGAUUCCUGUGUUUCGUCGUUGCCGGUUGAAAAUUUACCAAAAACUCUCAUAAAUUUUGGUGAACUGUCUUUCUACGACGAUUUAGCCGAAGUUUUUUAUUUCAACGAGUUCCAAUUUCUAUUACUCAAAACAUUUUCAUUAAUUUUAUUGUUUACCUUGUUAUUGAUUUUUAUUUCUUGGCGUGUUUAUGGAUCGCGUAUUUCGGAACGAUUUAUGAAACCUGCAACUUCAGCAACAAUAGAACAACUAAAAGAAAGUGUAUCAAAACUAAAAUUGCCUAAAGAACACACUCCAAGAAUAUAAACAUGGCUGAUAAAAUAAAGAAAUUCUUUCAAAAAAAGAAAGCGGAUGCUAAAUUCAAGCUAGCGGGUCCGGGACACAAGCUUACGGAAUCUACGAGCCAGAGCUCUGAAUCAUCAAAAAAAGAGGUGCCAGUUGUUCGGAGGUCAGGUCUGUCACAGGAGAGUAAAGUUGCAGCAGAAGCUGCAUUAGCUAGGUUGCAACAGAAAAGGGACAACCCUGCAUUUAAUACUUCACUUGCAGCUAUUAAGGCACAAGUUAGGAAGGAAUUAGAAAAUGAAAAGACUAGUGAAACCGAGAGUACCCAUACUAUUCCUGAAAGAAAGAAGUCCGUGGAACAGGAAGUUGAUGUACCUAAGAACUAUGCUGCUUCUGGUGUUUUCUUCAAAUGUCCAUUAAUAAGUAAUGAAAUUUUAACAAGAGAAGAAUGGAAGAGGAACAUAAAGAGUUUUCUGUAUGAACAGUUAGAGGAAGAGAGAGGUUUGACCGCCUGUCUCAUUAUACAGUCCUGUAAUAACAACAGAGAGAAGAUAGACACAUGUGUGGAAACACUUUGCAAAUAUUUGGAGAAUAUUAUAACUUACCCGGAACAGGAGAAAUAUCAAAAGAUUAGGAUGUCUAACAGGGCGUUUUGUGAACGUGUACAGCCAAUAGAGGGCGCCUUAGAACUGCUGUUAGCUGCUGGCUUCAGAGAGGAGAUUCUACUCAAUCCAGAAGGAGUUGAGGAGCAAUACAUGGUGUUCAAAAAGGAAAAUGUACCUUCUAUUGAAAGUUUAACGACGUUGAUAGAUGCGUUACGCAGUGCGGAACCCAUCCAGCUGGAGUUAGACAGGAAUGUGCAGGUGCUUUUGCCGUCGCAGGCUGCGCACCAGCUGGCACUGCCUCCAGCAUUCUAUGCUCUAUCCGCUGAUGAACUUAAGAGGGAACAACAGUUACGAACGGAAGCAAUAGAGAAGAGUCAGAUGCUGCGCACGCGCGCCAUGAGAGAGAAGGAUGAGCUGCGAGAGAUGCGGCGAUACAAGUUCGCACUCAUCAGAGUACGCUUCCCCGACGGGAUUCUGCUGCAGGGAACAUUCUCAGUGUACGAACGUUACAUUGAGAUACACGAAUUUGUACAAGAACACUUAGAACAUGGAGACCUUCCCUUCAUUCUGAACACACCGACUGGUCACAAGUUGAUACAUGAUGAAGAUGGAACCAAGACCCUGAUAGACCUUCGCUUGGUGCCGGCCACCGUACUCACCUUCUCCUGGGACCCCUCCAUCCUUGAGCAGAUCAAUAACAGUCCCAAUAAAGAUGUCUACUUGAAGCCAGAAGUUAUGAUACUAGUAAAAGAAAUUUAAUGGAUCUAAAAAGGUCUAUCGCCUGUGGAAAAAGAUUGUUGUCUAUGUCUAUUUUUUUCACACCUUUCUCGCUUUUUGAGCUAAGCCAUCAGGUCUCAAGCCCUUAGGCUCUUGCAGCACUUAGUAUGAGAAAUGUACACUAAGGUCUUCACAUUGGACAUUUAAGGACUUUGAGUGCUGCAUUUAUAGUUUCACAUAUAUUUCACGACGUAUACUUUUUUUAUACACUUAUGAAUU